CGUCCACAACAAUGUCGCCGGGCAGUGAAGAGCUGCUGGACUGUGGCAACAUGACCGACGUCAACAACACCUACGGCAACACGACCAACUCGACGUGCGGCGGCGACUUCAACCAGUUCAUCAUGCCCUGGUGGCGGCAGGUGGUCUGGACACUAAUCUACAUCGCCCUGGUGAUCGUGGCCACCGGGGGAAACCUUAUCGUCAUCUGGAUUGUACUGGCACAUAAACAGAUGCGCACAAUAACCAACUUCUUCUUGGUGAACCUGGCUGUCUCCGACUGCAUGAUGUCCCUGAUGAACAUCACCUUCAACUUCGUCUACUUCCUCAACAGUCACUGGCCCUUCGGCGAGGCUUACUGCAAGAUCGUACAGUUUGUCAGCGUUCUAAGUGUCACCGCGUCGGUCUUCACACUGGUUGCCAUCUCCGUUGAUAGGUACUCGGCAAUAAUGCACCCGCUGAAGCCGCGUAUGAGUCGCAGCUGGACCCUGCUCGUCACAAUCAUCAUCUGGGUGAUGUCGGCGGUACUUGCGGCGCCAAACUACCUGCUGAGCCAGACGUAUACAUUCGUAUACAAUGACGGCGACAUACGAACUCUGUGCUAUCUGACCUGGCCAGAUGGCGAGACCAUGGAGAGCACCCUCGAAGCCGUAUACAACGGCGCAAUAUUCGUGCUGACGUACUUCCUACCGCUGACCGCUACCACCUACUGCUACACGCGAAUGUCAGUGGAGCUCUGGGGAAGCCAGUCCAUCGGAGAGGCAACGCCGGUUCAGAUUGAGAGCGUCAACAGCAAACGACGGGUGGUCAAAAUGAUGAUCGUUCUGGUGGCCAUCUUCGCCGUUUGCUGGCUGCCCUACCAAGUCUACUUUCUUGUGAUUCCGCUCUUUUCCGAGCUGACCCACGAGCCCAUAGUGCAAGAGGUGUUUUUAGGUAUAUACUGGCUCGCAAUGAGUAAUUCUAUGUACAAUCCUAUCAUCUAUUAUUGGAUGAAUUCUAGAUUCCGUAUGGGAUUCCAGCGCGUAUUCCGCUGCGCCGGCCGCAUUCCUCAAGGGAACGCCGCGCCGCAGUACCGUCAGAGGAGUAGCCACCAGACUACAAGAGUGACAAUGAGUGACCUGAAGAGCUGUACUGCGACAGCGACAAACGGGACGGCAGGGCGGACCGGCACUGAGCUCGCUCUGCUGCAUAAUAGUGCUUCCAAGUUGAACGGUCGGAGCAACAACGUCUGAGGACAGCACUCGACAUCACUUCCGACUCAUCAUAUCCGGUUAAGUACUUCCGGUUCUGCGUCUGCCACCGGAAGCAGUGAACUUCCGGUGACAUGUCAACGGAAGUAGCGGAUUUCCGGUGACAUUCCUGGCUGCAUUCAUCAUGAGGAUAGCAAGAGUGGUGACCAUAAGGUCCGAAUGGAUCCUCUACUACACCGGAUGCCACUCACUUCCGGUUCUUCUAAAGGCUUCUUCCGGCUCUUAACGUACCGUACCCCACUUCCGACUCUCUGGGUAAAGUUUUGAGCGACGCAAUGCUGCAAGUCAGCGGCUUGCAAGGGAAGCUGAAGGUACGAAUGCCAUUCGAAGUUCGAUCGAUGUAGUAACACCGGAUAACUCGACGAACAAACCAAGACCCCAUGUCACCCGGUACAACACGAGCCGUGGUAAAACUCAACAGCAGAAAGCUUCCCUAAGCCACCGGGGUCACUGAAGACAUCUGGUACAACAAUCGCCAUGGUACGGCGACAGUCGCGAUUUUCCUCGCAGAAGUGACGACCCGGUUGGAGUGCGGCUGCGGGGUCACACACUCGAUGACCUUUCUCUUCAGCUGACCACUGAAGCGACGCUACUGGUGAUUUGCAUGUCACCACUGGUGUAUCCACGCUGUUUCCGGAACACUGUCCGCAAGUGUGUCCGAAGUUGUGUCCGUACCACAGGUCCUGCACAAACUACAAACAUGUCGGCGUAGUUAUAAACUCAGAGAAGUGCUGAAAAAAUAGCUGACGCUGGCGCAAACGACAGGAAUGUGGACACCUACCUAAUAGACGCUGUUCUCAGUGAGCUGGGUGGUCAUCGAUAAUGUCUGAGACUGGUGUGUGCAAAGCAGUGGUGCACCUAAGCUAUCGCUAUGGACUGGAGUGUAGUGAUGGGGCUGGAGAGGACUGUGCGAGGAAGAAACACCAAGUGUGGAAUUACUCAGUACAGACUGCAGAGCGACGCUGGGAAAAGUGAGGGAGGUAGAGGGAGACUCGAAAGCAGGUGAGCUCAGGGUAGAGUGAAGGAGGAAUCUGGAUAGAGUGAGAGAGGAAGAGGGACGCUCAACGAGUGCGGCGUUGAUAGAUCGUAACGAUGCGACGGGAAAUAUUCGCGACUCGGGACAGGAAGUGAUCGUGAACACGGCUGGGUUUGGGGAACUGACAAAACCGGAAAGCGUGAGCCAGAUGGCUGGCUGCGGCGGCUCAACAUAGCAGAAUUCAUGGAUUUCUGUCUACCGCCUCUGCAGCCACCAGGCCAGUUCACAACCGGACGUAUGCUGGUCAUGACUAGCAAAUGAACUGUCAUAAACCUGACGG